AGAUCUUCUGUGUUGUCCAACUGCUGUGUUGGACUGUAGCCCAAGUCCAGCACCGCCUUGGUUCAAUUUCUUCAACUCGCAUUGAGUGACACAGAUUAGAAAACGGCCUCAGGGUCUAGCCAACUGUAUAUAGACUUCAAUGAAUCCUCCUUCCACUUCCAAAUGUCUGUUCCUUGUAGUCACUUCAUGGAUUCCUUUGGGCAACCCAGACCAGAAGAUAACCAGUCAGUAGUUAGCAGAAUGCAAAAGAAAUACUGGAAAACCAAACAGGUCUUUAUCAAAGCAACAGGAAAAAAGGAAGAUGAGCACGUGGUGGCAUCUGAUGCUGAACUGGAUGCUAAACUUGAGGUUUUUCACUCUAUUCAAGAGACAUGCACUGAACUUCUGAAGAUAGUUGAGAAAUAUCAACUAAGACUUAAUGUCAUAUCAGAGGAAGAAAAUGAACUAGGGCUCUUUUUAAAGUUUCAAGCAGAACGGGAUACAACACAAGCUGGUAAAAUGAUGGAUGCUACUGGCAAGGCACUCUGUUCUUCAGCCAAGCAAAGAUUGGCCCUAUAUACUCCUCUUUCUCGUCUUAAGCAAGAAGUAGCAACAUUCAGUCAAAGGGCAGUAUCUGAUACCUUGAUGACAAUUAAUCGGAUGGAGCAAGCACGCACAGAAUACAGAGGAGCUCUGCUGUGGAUGAAAGACGUAUCCCAAGAACUGGACCCAGACACCCUAAAACAAAUGGAAAAGUUCCGAAAAGUACAGAUCCAAGUGAGAAAUAGCAAAGCUUCUUUCGACAAGUUAAAGAUGGAUGUUUGUCAGAAAGUGGAUUUACUUGGAGCUAGUCGCUGCAAUAUGUUAUCUCAUUCACUCACUACCUACCAGAGGACGCUGCUUGGAUUCUGGGAGAAAACAGCUCAAUUGAUGUCCCAGAUCCAUGGGGCCAGUACUGGCUUUCAUCUAUAUGAUUUUGUAGCUCUCAAGCAACUACAAGACACUCCAAGCAAGCUUACUGAAGACCACAAAGAAGAACAAAUAGACAACAGUUCUCUCACUGAAAACCUCAAUAAGUUAGUUUUGUCAGAUGAGGAAGUGAGCUUGGGAAGUAAACCAGUUGCAAAAGAUUUACCUGUUGAUUCACUGGAAGAUGAUUUUGAGAAGGAAUUCUCAUUUCUGAACAACCUGCUAAGUCCUGGUUCUUCAAGUACUAGUGAAUUUACCCAAGAAUGCCAGACUGCCUUUGGGAGCCCCGGCACCAGCCUCACAUUCCAGGAGCCUUCUGUGGGGUCUGAGCCUCUUGCUCAUUCUUCACGAUUCCUUCCUUCACAGCUCUUUGAUCUUGGCCUUCAUGCUGUUGGAGCUUUCAACAGCUGGGCCUCUGAAGGGGGAUUAGAAGUUCCUCUUUCACACACUGAUAACCAGCCAGUGCCUUCACAGAGUCCAAGGAAAUUAACAAAGUCUCCCAGCAGUGGUAACCAAGACAUGUCAGCCUGGUUCAAUCUAUUUGCAGACUUGGAUCCACUUUCAAACCCAGAUGCUAUUGGACACUCAGAUGAUGAACUUCUUAAUGCUUGAUUGAAAUUAUGUCGUCACUUCAGUGGCCUUGAGACAUCAGUUUUACAACAUACUGCCUUUGUGGAAAGGAGUUUAUAUUGUAACACAUAUACAAAAGCAUCGUGUUCAUGGAUAUAACACUUUUUAGCCAACUUUAAACAGAUGGUAAGGACCACAUCUGAAUAGAUUAAGUAUCUCUUUAGUAUCUUGGAUCUGCAGCUAUCUUGAUAAUAUGUUGAAAAUAUUACAAACUAUUGUGUGAAAUGGAUAUCAAAAUUUGUUUCAAGAUAACAGAAAGGAAUAAUUCUGUAAAUAAGGAGUUGGGCUUUUUUCUUUGGAAAGCCUUUUAUGUUCAAGUUGCCUUGCUGGCUGUGAGACUUCUAUAUGUGGAUAAAGACAGCAUGUAAAUUGGGUUGUGAUUUGGGGUUGGUUUUUAAAUAAAACCAUAGCAGGGGGAGUUUUCUGUUGUGGAAAAUAGCACUAGAACCAGACUAGUUUUGUUUUUAGCUAGAAAAAUAGAUUAAGAUUUGAGAACUCAAUUUGCUUUCAUGAAAUCACAGAGAACUUGGUGCUUUUCUCCACCUGGAGGCUAAAAUGUAGUAUUAGUUUUUUUCCUUCAUACAGAAUCGUGGACACCCCUCAAUUCCAUGAUUGAAUUUUCAUAGGGAAGUAGCAGGAUGAUUUGUUUGCUAAAUCCAUCCUCUGCAGAAACAUAACCCAUCUCCUAAGCCACAAGAAUGUCUAGUAACAUUCAAGACAUUGUACAGGUGUCUCCGGGCCUAGUUUGUUUUUUUUUUUUUUUUACACAUUGCUACCGUAAUAUACAGUAUUCAUAUUCUUUCUGAAAAGAAAACAAGGGGAGGACAAUCCCUAAGCAAGUGGCAAUAGUAUUCCUGAAAUUACCCAGAAACUUCUUUCUGAAUGAGGGAAAAAUGCUAAACAACUUAUCCUUAUACAUGUAAGGGUACACCUAUCCUUACGCAUUCACUUACAACCUUUUUCUUGACAUGAUUUAACCAAGAUUUUCUGGCCAUCAUAGAAGGCUCUACAUGAUCAGUAAGAACCGGUCUUAUUUUUCCACUUUUUUCCUUUUUGUGGGUGACAUCAUCUGAGGCUCUGCUUGAUUACUAUGGAAAAACUGUUAUCCUUACUGGAGGGAAGUUAGUGUAAGCUAAUGAACACAUAGCCACUGUAUAAAUGUGUCAGUCAAUAUCCUGUUCUUUUUUCUUGCCCACCCUCUGUUUUGAGACAAUUUCUUCAGAAUAAGAAAUUCUUAUUUUUGACAUCCAGUUCAUUGCAUCUCCAUAAGGAAACAUUUUAACUAAGUUGUUCACAGCAGUUUCCAUGUGCUCCUAGUUUUAAACAAGCUUAUUGAUUGUUUACAAAAGAAUGGAUUGUAAUGUCUGAGUCACUGUAUAUAGAAGAAACAGACCAGGGUGGGUAAAGUGCCAUCCACCUCCAUGCAUAGCAUUCUGGCCUAGCUAGCUACAAUCUGAACCACCCAGGAGCUCUCCAGAAAAUCGCUACUAUGUUGCAAUACUGCAGAGGCUGGAAAGACCUUACCUGAGGAUCAGAAACAUGGACUCAGGAAAAGAUUAUGUAAUCUUUUCAUGCUUAUUUCCAUUUUUUUAUUUGGUUACCCUUUCAGAAGGAUUUUUUUAUUCAGUAAAAUUCUCCAGAAUGCACUAGUACUGUUAGUGUUCUGCCAAAUUCAAUCACCAAGGGUCGUGAUUCAUAAUCAUAAUUUAAAUUCUAUGCCUAUGGUGACUCUGUGCUCUCAACUUUACUUCCAGAAAUUGCUAACUUUAUAUCAUGAGUUUGUGCCAUUUUUAACUAAUUUCCUUUCACUAAUGCAUUAGUUCAGAAAUAAUUUAUGUAUUUCCUUCACAUGCACGUUAUCUUGUAUAAACAAAGACACCUCACCAAAGAGGAAAACCACUGGUUUCGCCAAGCCAGAACCCUGAAUUCCAGACUAUAAAUGUGUACAGAUAAGGACUUCAAUUUUCAAAGAAAGAACAAAAGUCCUCAAAAAAAAAAACAAAAAAAAAAAAAAAAAAAAAAAACACCCUCACACACAAUAGAUCUUAUUCAAUUCUGAGAUUCUCUUAAAAUUUCUUCUCUCAAUACAGAGUGUGUGGUUGUUCCUUUAACCCAAAAGUAACAUUAAGUGGCUUAGCAAGUUCAGUUAUAAUUUCAACAAAUCUAACAACUCCAUUUUUGAAGAGCACAUUGAAAACUUUGUUAUUAAAAUGAAGGUAACCAUAUUUUUUUCAGUAUUAAUUAUUUGAAGUUCAGUCAUUACAGGCCAGAAGCAGAAAUCUGGCUAUAUUACACCUACAUUGCUAAUAAAGGAAACAAACCACAUAUUUAGUAGGGAGUGAAAGGAAGGACAGGAUAGACAUAGAACACAAAGGUGAUCAGUUGCUAUUUGCCUAAAUCUAGAUCAAACAUUCAAUAAGAAGUAAAUUAACCUUAACCAAAGGUAAGCUGAGAACUCUCUCAGAGUAAAUGUAUCGUUUUUAUAUUAAAUGGGGGAAAAUAAUAUCUCCUACUUUUUAAUUCCAAAUAAGAAUGCCUUUAACCUUUGAAAAGCCCUGAAGAACUAAAACUUGUCUAAUCUUUCUUACAACCACUUUACAAAUUAGACAGGAAUACCAGGGCAUAUUAAGAUCAGAUUGAUGUAACUUUGUAUUUUUUUGAAAUCUUUCAUUAAUUGUAAAACAUAGCUCUGAUAUGGUUAGAAACAAACUGUAUUGUAAAAAAUAGGUUUCAGUAUUUGCACAAUGAAAAGUGUUUGCAUUUCAACUAUAGAUAUUUAUUUCACGUAACUAACCAUCUGGAAAUGUAGAGAUCUUUACAGCUUAAGAACAAAAGGAAGUUUAUGCUCUAUUUUACUGAGCCUCUUUUAAUAGAGAUUACAAGAUGGCAUAAAACAAAAAAGUUUAUUUCCUGAAAUAUUCAACACAAACGCAAUUAUUGUUAACCUAUUCAAAAAUUUAGGUUUUACCUCAGGACCAUAGUAGUGAAAAGGUAGUUUGAAUUGCUAUAGAUAACACAAAAUGAAAAUAAAACCAAGGCAAUUAA